AUGUUACAAUAUACAGUGAAAAAGUAUUGCUCUGAGGGCAGCAAGGUUCAUCAAGUAUUGGUGGCAGUUUUGAUGGUCCUACCAGUUUUUUCCUACGGCAUGGGCAUAGGAUGGCUGUCACCGAUGGGCCCUCGUCUUAUGUCCGAAGACACACCAGCUGCUAAGCCAGUGCACCCAGAAGUCAUAUCCUGGAUGGCAUCCGCUGCUUAUCUAGUUGGAACACCAGCAGUUUUCCUAUUUGGAUAUAUAGUAGAUAAUUAUGGGCGGAAGUUAGCAUUGAUGCUCACAUCCUUUUCUAUGGCAAUUUGCUGGGGCUUGAAAUUAUAUUCUACUGAAACGUGGGCGCUUAUAACUGCUCGAGCUAUAAUUGGCCUGGGUGUGAGUGGUUCCUACGUCGUGACUCCAUUGUAUAUAAAGGAAAUAAGCGAAGAUUCUAUACGAGGCACUUUAGGAAGCCUAGUAGUGCUAUCACAAAAUCUGGGCAAUCUCUUAGUGUAUAUAUUAGGGGAAUAUUUAUGUUACCAAGCGACUCUUUGGAUUUGUUUGGCGGUGCCUUUGAUACACUUGCUAUUGUUCCCAGCGAUGCCGGAAACUCCUUCGUUUUUGCUGAAGAGUGGUAAAGUUGAAGAGGCGCGUUCAGCGUUAGCCUGGUUACGUUGUAGACAAACCAGCGACAUGGCUGUGGACUCUGAGCUGCAGUCACUACUGGUUGAAUUGGAACAAAACACAAAUGGAAAUUUCUUCACGACAUUAAAAACUCUAGUAUCAGAUCCCUGCACGUUCAGAGCCUUCAGGAUAACUUUGACCAUAACGUUGGCACGAGAACUGUGCGGUUGUCUCGCGGUGUUGCACUUUGCAUCUUCAAUAUUCGCGCAGGCGGGUGGAGGCUGGGUUUUGACGCCUAACCAGCAAGCCACUCUGCUCGGGGCCGUUCAGUUAGUUGGAUCUUGUACUGCCUCAAGCUUAGUGGAAAGGACAGGAAGAAAGCCAUUAUUAGGUUCAACGUGCUUCGUGUCUGGCAUAGCUCUGACCGCAUUAGGCGCGUGGUUCGCGGUAGGCUCGGGGGAGCACGCGUGGCUGCCAGUGAUGGCACUCUGUCUGUGCAUAUACUGCGACGCCGCCGGACUACAGCCUGUACCGUUCGUAAUUAUGACCGAAAUGUUCUCUUUCCAGUUCCGUGGCACAGUAACGUCGAUAGUCAUAGCGUUUGCUUGUGCGUUAGUGUCUAUCGAGCUGAGAGUGUUCCACCCGCUGGCCACCAGCGUGGGUCUCUAUCUGAUCUUCAUGAUCUUCGCUGCGGUGUGCAUCGUCAGUACUGCAUAUAUCAUAUUCUGCGUCCCCGAAACGAAAAGACGGUCCAUAGAAGAAAUAUACUCGGACUUUCGAAGCAAAAAGAGCGAAAAGGACCCUGAAGCAAUUGUUACGCGGCUG